AUGGAUCAUCAUCUUCAGACACCUUCCUCACGAGCAACAGACCAUGUAUUGACGCUGACACAGUUUAAAGCACGUUAUGGCAAUUGUUUUGUGAAUCAGAUACAACUGACAGAUGCAGAUAUUCACUUGAUACUCAAAUAUCUCCAUUCGCAACAUGGUGUAGCAGUAGCAGAUCAAGUCAAAGGAUACAGUACCACUUAUACCGUCAUUAAGUUUCCCUCCAGUCCAAACCAAGUGGCUACUAUCACAGUUCAUGAUAAAGCCUUGGUCAAUAUCCGUACUACAUGUUAUGCAUUGUCUGUUCAAGUGGAUGAAUUACAAAAGAAAUCGGAAGCAUUAGCAAAAGAAUCAGUUGCUGAAAAGCAAAAAGGGCAUACAGCAAAGGCAUUGUAUUGUCUAAAAAAACGAAAGAACUUGCAACAGGUUCUUGAGAGGAGAUUAAAAUCAAUGGAAACCAUGGAUACCAUUCUGAUGAAAAUAGAAUCAUCCCAUGAUGAUCUCCAGAUUGUACAAGCAUUCAAUCUGGGGGCAGAUACUUUGAAGAGUCUAUUGGGUGAAAAUGGUCUGAAUGUGGAUACUGUAGAUGAAGCCAUGCAACAAUUACAAGAUGUAUUACAAGAUCAAAAAGAAAUGGAAGAUGCUAUGAAGAUGUGCAUGGAUGAUAUGCAGGUGGAUGAAUCUGAUAUUGAACAAGAACUGCAAGAACUUGUUCAAGAACAACCUAAGGAACAACCUAAGGAACAACCUAAGGAACAACCCAUGAAUGAACAACAAAUUCAAUCUGAAUUAUCCAGAUUAAAUCAAAUGUUCUCUUCAGUGAAAAAGGUUCCUACUGCAGUAUCUCAAAAGAGAGAAAGAGAGCUUGCUUCUUGA